UGAAGACUAUGAGCUGCCAGAGCUUCAGCUUAACUGCUCUCUCUAUGCUGACUGCCGAUCGAUGAACCCAACUGACCUCCGCAAACUGGUUUAGAAUCACUUAAUCCAUCUCCCAGUUAAUUAAUAUAUUUUAUCAACAUUUCUACUUGGUUAUAAUCCAGCCAAUAAAUAUUUAUGUUCGAUUGUAUGCUGAUCUGGAAUCAGUUACAUGGCUUUCAUCAAAAGUCCAGUCUGAUUGAAAAAGGAGUUGGAGUCAGUUUCUCUCUUGCUCUUCUGAGGAAUAUUCCGCCCAUAUGCUCACACCUGAUCAGAAAUACAGUGUAGACAUUGUUAAUGUUGUAAAUGACUAUUGUAGCUGGAAACGGCAGAUUUUUUAAUGGAAUAUCUACAUAGGCGUACAGAGGCCCAUUAUCAGCAACCAUCACUCCUGUGUUCCAAUGGCACGUUGUGUUAGCUAAUUCAAGUUUAUCAUAUUAAAAGGCUAAUUGAUCAUUAGAAAACAACUCUUUUGCAAUUGUGUUAGCACAGCUGAAAACUAUUGUGCUGAUAAAAAGUAGCAAUAAAACUGGCCUUUAGACGAGUUGAGUAUCUGGAGCGUUAGCUUUUGUGGGUUUGAUUAUAGGCACAAAAUGGCCAGAAACAAAGACAUUUCUUCUGAAACUUGUUCUGAGAAAUGAAGGCUAUUCCAUGCGAGAAAUUGCCAAGAAACUGAAGAUCUGGUACAAUGCUGUGUACUACUCCCUUCACCGAACAGCGCAAACUGGCUCUAACCAGAAUAGAAAGAAGAGUGGGAGGCCCCGGUGCACAACUGAGCAAGAGGACAAGUACAUUAGAGUGUCUAGUUUGAGAAACAGAUGCCUCACAAGUCCUCAACUGGCAGCUUCAUUAAAUAGUACCCGCAAAACACCAGUCUCAACGUCAACAGUGAAGAGGCGACUCCGCGAUCCCGGCCUUGUUAAAUGUUGAGGGGCGGUAGGUAGCAUAGUAGUUAGAGCGUUGGGCCAGUAACUGAAAGGUUGCUAGCUCGAAUCCCCGAGCUGACAAGGUAAAAAUCCCUAAACAAGGCAGUUAACCUAGGCCGUCAUUGUAAAUAAGAAUAUAUUCUUAACGGACUUGCCGAGUUAAAAAAAAAAUGUCUACAUUAUUUCUGAUCAAUUUUAUGUUAUUUUAAUGGACAUAAAAUGUGCUUUUCUUUCAAAAACAAGGAGAUUUCUAAGUGACCCUAAACUUUUGAAUGGUAGUGUACGUUAUUUGAGUGACGAGGUUAUGACGAUCAUCAUAGUCCGUAACAAAAGUGCGUCUUUAGCCGAUCAACCCAAUAGGAUUAACAGGAUCAGAUUACACAGAGCCUAUCACACAGAUUUACACCAACAGGGAAUGUAGACAGUCAAUGAAAUAACUGUCUGGAACAUGAUAUAUAGAAAAAGGUUUGACAUGUCGGUCUGCACUAGCAGACUGGUACAGUAGCUUCUUGACAUCUAGGAUAAUGUAAAUCUCUGAUGACACCAUGUUUCCUAGAGCACUACUUUUUGCCAGAGUCAUAUGUGCUAUUUGAGAAGAAGUCUAUAAAUUGCAUUGGUCUUCGUCAGCCUCCUGUAGUAACACUCUCUCCUUAGCAAAUUUGUGAUGAUGAAAUCAUCAGAGAAUAACCCUCGAGUAUACAGUAUAUGUCCUAGAUGUUUUUCUCAUGAAUUACUGUGUGUGUGUGUCCUAAAUCUGCCUAUGCUGACACCAUGCUGAGUUCCAUGCACGUCCCUAAUCCUAAGAGAGAAGCUCUUAAAAGGGUCUGUGCCCGCCUCGGGGGGGCAGAGCACACCACUUCUCAUCACCAGGAUCUAUUUCCUCCAUCUAUCUAUCCAACCUUCCAGCUAGAAAUAGCUCCUCUCGUAGAAGGCAUAGUGCUUUCUCUUUCCUCUCUCCAAAUACCAGAGAGGAUAGAGAAAGACACAAACUCCUGUAGAGACACAUAGACAAACAGAAACACACACACACACACACCCCAACAGCCGUCGCCAUGAACGGCACAGAGGGCCCAAACUUCUACGUGCCCAUGUCUAACAAGACAGGGGUGGUGAGGAGCCCCUUUGAGCACCCUCAGUACUACCUAGCUCCACCCUGGAAGUACUCGCUCCUCGCUGCCUACAUGAUCUUUCUCAUCAUCACAGCCUUCCCCGUCAACUUCCUUACGCUCUAUGUCACGGUGCAGCACAAGAAGCUACGGACCCCCUUGAACUACAUCCUGUUGAAUCUGGCUGUGGCUGACCUCUUCAUGGUGGUGGGAGGCUUCACUGUGACUCUGGCAACAGCCCUACAGGGAUACUUCUUCCUGGGGGUCACCGGCUGUAACGUUGAAGGAUUCUUUGCCACUAUGGGAGGGGAGAUUGCCCUUUGGUCUCUGGUGGUAUUGGCCAUCGAGCGCUAUAUCGUGGUGUGUAAACCAAUGACCAACUUCCGCUUCAAUGAGAGGCACGCCAUUGUGGGCGUGGCCUUCACCUGGAUCAUGUCUCUCACCUGUGCUCUACCUCCAUUGUGUGGCUGGUCCAGGUACAUCCCAGAGGGAAUGCAGUGUUCCUGUGGGAUUGACUACUACACCCCGACGCCUGAGCUGGGAAACACCUCCUUUGUCAUCUACAUGUUCACCCUCCACUUCUCCAUCCCUCUGGUCAUCAUCGGCUUCUGCUACGGCCGUCUGCUCUGCACCGUCCGCGCGGCGGCAGCCCUGCAGCAGGAGUCAGAGACCACUCAGAGGGCAGAGAAGGAAGUGACCCGUAUGGUGAUCGUCAUGGUCAUCUCGUAUCUGGUGUGCUGGAUGCCCUAUGCCACUGUGGCCUGGUACAUCUUUGCCAAUCAGGGCACCAACUUUGGCCCUGUCAUGAUGACCAUCCCAGCCUUCUUUGCCAAGAGUGCUGCCCUCUACAACCCAAUAAUCUACAUUCUACUCAACAGACAGUUCAGAAACUGCAUGUUGACCAUAGUGUGUUGUGGGAAGAACCCAUUCGGUGAGGAGGAGACCUCCACCGCCUCCUCCAAAACACAGGCCUCCUCCAUCUCCGCCAGCCAGGUGGCUCCUGCCUGACCUACGACCCAUAAAGCCUGACUCCUUACCUGUCCCAGCCCAUCUGUGGACCCACCGCCAAGCAGCAGCCUCCGAUAGGCCAAUUUUCUCGAUUUACCUCUGUCUGCACUGCAUGGGUGUGCCUGUUGUACCUGUACAUAUAUCCCUCAAUGUGACCAAAGCAUAACAAACCAAGAAACAGUGCUUAGUUGGCUUCAUC